GACAAUGGACAUUAUCAUACCAAUACACCAUUCAGGCCGCAGCCAAUCAGGGCGCAGCGCUUUCACUGCGCCGCACGAGCUGCGGGGUAUAAAGCAGAGGGAGGCUGCCGAGUUCAAAUCACUCUGCUUCUUCUUCGGACUUGGCUCCCUACGACCCAAACCCUCUCUAAACUCCCUUUGAGGAAUAUCUCAUCGUCUUCCUCUUCAUCAUCAUGACUCUCGAGGAGGUUCUGAUCCAGAAGCCCGCCGAGCGCGCUCAGUGCAGCGGCAAAGCCCUGGAGGAGGUGCUGGUGUCCGCCAAGGACAACGACGCGCUCACCGUGGGCGUGUACGAGUGCGCCAAAGUUAUGAACCUUGACCCGGACAGCGUGUCCUUCUGCGUGCUGGCCACGGACGAGCAGUUCGAGUGCGACAUCGCGCUGCAGAUCCACUUCACCCUCAUCCAGUCGUUCUGCUUCGACAACGACAUCAGCAUCGUGCGCGUCAGCGACGUGCAGCGUCUGGCCCAGAUCGUCGGCGACGACAAGCAGCUGGAAGACGCGCACUGCGUCCUCAUCACGAACCCGGCCGACGGCUCGUGGGAGGACCCCGCUCUGGAGAAGCUGCACCUGUUCUGUGAGGAGAGCCGCCGUCUGAACGACUGGGUCCCGGAGGUCAGCCUCCCGGAGGUCAGCCUCCCCGGCCGCUGACCCGCCGGGACUCGGCUCCUCUCUUACGCUCGAGAUGCUGCGCAGCUUCUCAUCUGGAAAUGUAACUCAUCCUGACGAACAGGACGAGGCUUGUUUCUGCUCAUCCCUGGACGCUCCUGAGGAGGAUUCCCCGUCCAGGCUGCACGGCGCCGGGGCCGCCCCCUCCCGGAGGAGGAGGGGGGCCCCUCCCGUGAACCGUCGCCUCUCGUCCCGUCCAUGCCAAGAUGACUCUCAUUCUUUAUGUGAACGAGGUCGGGCAUGCCACGGGGGGCGACUCGUCGACCCUCAUUCUUUGUGCGGAUGAGGUCUGGAGAGGAAGGAGAAGCGACGCUCCCUGCGUCCCGCGGGUUCAGCCCCCGGAGAGCAGGAGCGACGCAUCGUUGACGCACGCGCAGCAGGAGAAGAAGCGGUGCGGAGGAGGAGGCGCCGGAUGAAAAGAGACUUUUUCAAACGGCGUCCUCUUCGCUGAGCAACACCACGACAACGUUGCCAUCAUCAGCGGAAAUGUUUCCCACUUUCCAGAAUUGUCUUAUAAUUCUCUAAAGGUUUCACUUUAGAAAUUUAACAAUGACAAAAAAAAAAAAUACUGAAAAAAGAAAGUGUCUAAAGGUUUCACUUUGGAUGUUUAACUUGGAGAAAAAAAUAAUUUUUAAAUGAAAAAAAAGAAAGAAUAUUUGAAGAAAAAAAAAGUCUUUUCUCUAAAGGUUUCACUUUAGAAAAAUUACUAAGAUAAUGUUUUGAAAAGAAAAAGAAAAGAAAGAUUUGUGAGAUGAUCUUAUUGAGGAUUCAUUGUAUAAUGGAGACGUCAAUGUUUAAGAUGAUGAAUAUUUUCUGCUCCUCUUGGAUCAAUGUUGGAAACAAACUAAUUUAUAUUUUUAACACUUUGGAAAAUUGUAAAAGAGAGAAAAAUGAUGCUUAAUAAACGACAAAAAAAUCAUAUAUUU